AGAGAGCCAACAAGAUCCUGCUGCUGCUGUUCACUCUGGAGAUGCUGAUGAAAAUGUACGCCUUCGGUCUGCAGAUCUACUUCAUGGCUCUCUUCAACCGCUUCGACUGCUUCGUGGUGUGCGGCGGCAUCCUGGAGACUCUCCUGGUGGAGUUCGAUACCAUCCCACCCAUCGGCAUCUCCGUGCUGCGCUGCAUCCGACUGCUGAGGAUUUUUAAGAUGACUCGACACUGGGCUGCUCUGUCUGACCUGGUCAACUCACUGCUCAACUCCAUGAAGGCCAUCUGCUCCCUUCUUCUCCUGCUCUUCCUCUUCCUCAUCAUCUUUGCUCUGCUGGGAAUGCAGCUGUUUGGAGGAAAAUUCAACUUUGACGAGAUGCAGAUGAAGAGAAGCACCUUUGAUUCCUUCCCUCAGGCUCUUCUCACCUGUUUCCAG